AUGGACAUGGAAACAGGGGCCAGUGCAGAGUUUGGGGAGAGGCUGCAGUGCGGAAAAACGGUGUAUGGGGCCAACGUCAUUGUGUUUGAAGGGAUACUGGCUUUUGCAAACAAGGAGUUGCUGAAGCUCCUGGACAUGAAAGUGUUUGUGGACACGGACUCUGACAUCCGGCUGGUGCGGCGGCUGCAACGUGACAUCAUGGAACGUGGACGCGACAUCGUGGGUGUCAUCAAGCAAUACAACAAGUUUGUGAAGCCAGCCUUCGAGCAGUACAUCGAGCCAACCGUGCAGGUCGCCGACAUCGUGGUGCCCAGGGGUGGGGAGAACUUUGUGGCCCUGGACCUCAUUGUGCAGCAUGUGCACAGCCAGCUGGAGAAGCGCGAGAUCACUGUCAGGGCAGCUCUGGCCUCUGCCCACCAAGGGCAGCCCCUGCCAAAGACACUGAGUGUCCUGGAGAACACGCCGCAGGUGCGAGGCAUGCACACCAUCAUCAGGAACAAGGACACGACAAGGGACGAAUUCAUCUUCUACUCCAAGCGCCUGAUGAGGCUGUUGAUUGAACAUGCCCUUUCCUUUCUGCCACUGAAGUCGGUCACUGUGGAGACGCCCCAGGGGACAAUGUACGAAGGAAAGCGGUUCCACAGGCAGAGGAUCACAGGCGUGUCCAUCCUGCGAGCAGGGGAGACCAUGGAGCAGGCCCUCACUGCUGUGUGCAAGGACAUCCGCCUGGGCAAGAUCCUGAUCCAGACCAACCACGACACGGGGGAGCCUGAGCUCCCCUCCCUGCGCCUUCCCAAGGAGAUCAGCGAGGACUACGUCAUCCUCAUGGACAGCACCCCCCUGGACAGCCGGGGCUGUCCAACUCCGCAGGGGUCGGCCCCGCGGGCUCCUUGGUGCCCAGCAUCCCAGGGGUGGAAGCUGGCACUCAAGUACCACCCGGACAAGAACCCCGAUGACCCGGCGGCAGCCGAGCGCUUCAAGGAGAUCAACAGCGCCCACGCCACGCUGAGCGACGAGGACAAGCGCCGCCUCUACGACCAGUAUGGCUCCCUGGGGCUCUAUGUGGCCGAGCAGUUCGGUGACGACGCCGUCAAGCACUACUUCCUCAUGUCCAAGUGGUGGUUCCAGGCCCUGGCUUUGUGCUGUGGUGCUCUCACCUGCUGCUGCUGCUGCUGUUGCUGCUUCUUCUGCUGUGGGACGUGCUGCCCGCCGAAGGAGGACGAGUCCUACAAGCACGUCGACCCCAAGGACCUGGAGGCGCAGAUGCGCGCGGAGGACAGUGAUCCGCAGAUACCUGUUGUGGCGCAGCCCCCGCCUGCCAGAGUGGAGCCCUUGCCAGCUGUCAGCACCAGGACCGAUGCCUGAGGCUGGCGUCAGUCCCACCAGCUCCCCCAGGACUCCAGGCAUGGAUCCUCCUUUGGGACUGUCACUUUCCGGGACCCCGGUCACGCCACCCGGGGUGGUUCUCCAGCCUCAAGGUGGCUAGAAUCUCAGGUUAAUUUGGCCAGCAUCAACGCAGAGGCCCUUCCGCCGCUGCUCGAGCUCCAGGGUGAUGCCCCUGUCUCCCAGCACUGGUGGUGGAGGUGGCCUGGAGCUGUGCUGCUGCGCCCCGUCCCCAGUGCCUCGCCUGCUGCUGUGCCCCGGCCCGGCCCUGGGCACUGGCAGCCGGCCCGAGCAGCUGCAGGUGGAGACCUCUCCGGGCCAGGCUCCGUAGCUUACAAGAGGUAGCUGAGCGUGUCCAAGACCAUUAGCACUGUAAUCUCUGGGGCUGGGCUGAGCCCGCUACCCGCCCUCACAGGGACCCUCCUGAUGGAUGCUGGGUGCCAAAUGCUGCUUGUGGGGUUGGGGUGCCACCUUCUGUACCCCCUUCCUCUCUGCCCUGCCACAGCCCAGGGGCACUGGCUGCACCCCACGCUCGCUGCUGCUGGCAGGCUCCCUGCAGGGCUGGGCCCAGUACAGGCACUUUCCUUGGGUUUGUAUAGGUUUUAUGGGCACCAUUAAAGGAUGACAGG